CACACACACACACACACACAGUUGAAAUAAUAUUUCUGUAUUCCUCUGUCCUCUGAAUCUCUUCUGAUCCGUCUGACCGUGAUGAUGAUGAUGAUGAUGAUGAUGGACUCCUGGAUGGACCUCAAUCUGUUUGAUUUGAAAUGACGACAGAACCAGAGAGCCAAUCAGAGCAGCAGGGGGCCAGUGCGGCUCCGCCCCAUUCAGCCCCGCCCCUCGAUGACCAGCUCCCUCCAGCCGCCGCCCACAGCACACCUGUGAGGAAAGAGCAGGGCGGUGGAGCUGAGGACGACGGCACGUCACACUGGUCCUCCUCCAGUAAACUGACCCGAUCUCCAGUCAAAAUCAGCCGGAAACCCAGGAACAUGCAGGUGAAGGUGGCUCUUCUGGACGGCUCUGACUACACCUGUGUGGUGGAGAAGCGUGAUAAAGGUCAGGUUCUGUUCGACAAAGUCUGUGAGCAUCUCAAUCUUCUGGAGAAAGAUUACUUUGGUGUCACCUUCCGUGAUGUGGAGAAUCAGAAGAACUGGCUGGAUCCUGCCAAAGACAUGAAGAAGCAGAUCAGAGGCGUCGCCUGGAAUUUCUCCUUCAGCGUGAAGUUUUAUCCUCCUGAGCCGGCACUGCUUUCUGAAGACAUCACCAGAUAUUACCUGUGUUUACAGCUGCGGGAUGAUAUCGUAUCGGGACGUUUGCCGUGUUCGUUCGCCACACACAUGGUUCUGGGAUCGUAUACGGUUCAGUCGGAGCUGGGCGAUUAUGACCCGGACGAUUACAGCUCAGACUACGUCAGCGAGUUUCGUUUCGCACCUCAUCAGACCAAAGAGAUGGAGGAGAAAAUCAUGGACCUGCACAAGAACUACAGAGGAAUGACGCCGGCUGAAGCUGAGAUGCAUUUUCUGGAAAAUGUGAAGAAACUGUCUAUGUAUGGAGUCGACCUUCAUCAUGCAAAGUUGAUAGGACGAUUCUUUCACUGCUUUUCUCCAGCUAAAGCAGAGGAUUCAGAGGGGGUGGAGAUCAUGUUGGGCGUGUGUUCCUCCGGGCUCCUCAUCUACCGCGACAGACUUCGCAUCAAUCGCUUCGCCUGGCCCAAAGUCCUCAAGAUCUCCUACAAACGCAAUAACUUCUACAUCAAGAUCCGUCCAGGCGAGUUUGAGCAGUUUGAAAGCACGAUAGGCUUUAAGCUACCCAACCACAGAGCAGCCAAGAGACUGUGGAAGGUUUCUGUGGAGCAUCACACGUUCUUCAGGUUGGUUUCUCCAGAGACUCCGCCUAAGAAGUUCCUCACACUGGGUUCUAAGUUCCGCUAUAGUGGCAGAACUCAAGCUCAGACCAGACGGGCCAGUUCCCAGAUCGUCCGUCCAGCACCAUACUUCGAGCGUUCGACCAGCAAGCGCUACACGAUGUCACAGAGUCUGGAUGGAGCUCAGCGGACACCAGUCAACUCAGCCACAGUCAAUGUAAAUGGCACUAGACCAGCAGAGAUGGGUACGGCCUUGUACGGUGCUGCCAAAGGCAUCGCCAUAAGUGACCUCAUCACCACAAUAACACCGGAGAAGAAAGUGGAGGAGACGCACGAGGAGGAGCAUGAGGAGACUCGACCGGUGCUGGUGGAGAGUGCAGUGCUGCUGGAGGAAGAGGACGAGACAACGAAAGCCACGGAACCAUCGCUACCUAGCCCACUGACACCAGCCCGACAGGACACACGGACUGAUCUCACAGACACUGCUGUCGAUGAAGAGUUAACGGCCACAGAGUCGGAUCAGGAGGACGAAUCUGAAGCAAAGACGCAGGAAAUGGAGCGAACGCCAGAAGAGCUGCUGAAGCAUCAGACCAACAUCAGCGAGCUGAGGCGGACGUUCCUGGAGGGAGGACCGGACCACACGGCUCUGACCGAGUGGGAGAAGCGUCUGUCCUCGUCUCCGCUGCGAUCUCCACGUCUGGACGAAGCGCCCAUGAUCGAGCCGCUGGAGCCGGACGAGAUCAAACAGGAAGCAGCGGUGAAGAUACAGGAAAUGGCCGCAGCAGCUCUGGAGCCACAGGAAGAGAAGGUUGAUGUGGAGUCUGACGGGUGGGUCAUUAUAAACAAGGUUCCUCCGUUUGAACCAUAUAAACAUCCUCCAGUCGAAGCUGAAAUGGUUUCUCGUAAGAUACCAGAGAAGGUUUCUACCACAGUACAAGAACACCGUCCUCCAGUUGAGCCAGACAAACCCUCGUCCGCCGAGCUUCUUCCAGAGAAAACUCCUUCUAAGAUUCCUAAAAAGGUUUCUACCAUAGUACAGGAGACAUUUACUCCAGAAAAACCUUUGUUUGUAUCUGAAGAGGUUCCUCUUCCGAAGAUACCAGACAAAUUUCCUCCAGAAAAACCCUCAUCCGCCGUACCUGAAGAGCAUCCUCCAGAGAAAACUCCUUUUAAGAUUCCAGAAAAGUUUCCUCAAGAAAAACCCUCAUCCGCCAUUCCAGAAAAAUUUCCUCCAGAAAAACCCUCAUCCGCCGUACCUGAAGAGCAUCCUCCAGAGAAAACUCCUUUUAAGAUUCCAGAAAAGUUUCCUCAAGAAAAACCCUUGUCCACCGUACCUGAAGAGCAUCCUCCAGAGAAAACUCCUUUUAAGAUUCCAGAAAAGUUUCCUCAAGAAAAACCCUCAUCCGCCGUACCUGAAGAGCAUCCUCCAGAGAAAACUCCUUUUAAGAUUCCAGAAAAAUUUCCUCCAGAAAAACCCUCAUCCGCCGUACCUGAAGAGCAUCCUCCAGAGAAAACUCCUUUUAAGAUUCCAGAAAAGUUUCCUCAAGAAAAACCCUUGUCCACCGUAUCUGAAGAGCUUCCUCCAGAGAAAACUUUUUCUAAGAUUCCAGAAAAAUUUCCUCCAGAAAAACCCUCAUCCGCCGUACCUGAAGAGCAUCCUCCAGAGAAAACUCCUUUGAAUAUUCCAGAAAAGCUUCCUCCAGAAAAACCCUCGUCCGCCGUAUCUGAAGAGGUUUCUCCAGAGAUAACUUUUUCUAAGAUUCCAGAAAUAUUUCUUCCAGAAAAACCCUCAUCCGCUGUACCUGAAGAGCAUCCUCCAGAGAAAACUUGUUUUAAGAUUUCAGAAACGUUUCCUCAAGAAAAACCCUUGUCCGCUGUAUCUGAAGAGCUUCCUCCAAAGAAAGCUCCUUCUAAGAUUCCAGUAAAGGUUUCUACAAUAGUACAAGUAACUUUUCCAUCAGAAAAACCUUCUUCGAUUGUAUCUGAAGAGGUUUCUGCAAAGAAGACUCCUCCAAAGGUCCCAGAAAAGGUUUCUACGGUGGUCCAAGGAAAGGUGGUACCCAUAAAGGUUCUUUCUGUUGGUUCUUCAGAGGAUGUUCCUCCUAAAUUACCACCAAAAGUCCCCCCGAAGGUUCCAGAGAAGAAACACUUGGCCAGCUACAGAUUCAUAUCGGCCUCGUCCGGUAAACCUCCAGAAGAUAAACUCCCCGGAUCUCUAGAAGGUUUCUCUGUUGUCAGCAGAUCUUAUGAGUCCAGUAAGAUGCGUCUACGCUCUCCUGUGGAUCUCUCCAGAACGUCUCCGACGGCUCGAGUGCCUAAGCCCAGUUUUGAUGAGAUGUCUCCUGAGCUCACUGCACUCUUGCAGUCCACUCGCAGCUGGGCUCCGUCUGCGUCUGCCGCUUCAAUAGCGUUACACAAGUCAUCAGAGAGUCCAGAGAGUCAUCUGGCUGAAAAAGAGGAUCAGCAGCCACCGGCGGAGGGACUUCAGCCUCAGGUACCUGAGCCUCCAGAGGGCCCCUGGGAGCCUGCGGUGUGUUAUCAAGUGUGUGUUGCAUGUGUGGAGCCGCUGAGCUCAGUGCGAGCCCUCGACGAGUCUGAGUCUGAGGAUGACUCCAGUGACUCCAGCAGUGUGAACUCAGAUAACUUCUCUGGGCCCCUCACACACACGGACCCCACGAGGGCCGACUCCCACAGUGACAGUGAGUCUGGAGGAGAGAGCUUCUCUCUGUCCACUGAUGAAGAUGAUGAUGAUGAUGAUGAGCAGUCACCCAAAAGGAGCACGUCCGAGCAGAGGGGUGUGGCUGAGGGUCACAGUGGGGAGGUAGAACUGACUGCCAGUUUAGAGUCUGGCGUGGUGAGUUUCUCCAGGACUCUGUCAGGAGACACGGACACACAGGACACACCUGUGAUCCAUACGGAGAUGAAGACCAUCACAUACGAAUCCCUGCAGGGCGAAACGGAUGGAGACGCUGAUCCUGGCAUUCUGCUGAGCGCUCAGACCAUCACAUCAGAAACCAGCAGCACCAGCACCACCACACACAUCACCAAGGCGGUGAAGGGCGGCAUCUCAGAAACACGGAUUGAGAAGAGAAUCGUGAUCUCAGGAGAUGCAGACAUCGAUCAUGACAAGGCUCUGGCUCAGGCCAUUAAAGAGGCUAAAGAACAACAUCCCGACAUGUCAGUGACCAAAGUGGUGGUGCAUAAAGAGACGGAGAUCACGCCAGAGGAGUGAUGCAGGAUUAACAUCAUCUUCACGCUUUCUGGAGGAACUCAUGUGUUCAUGCUGUGGAAAAUGAAGGACGCUUUAGAGAAAUCAACAUGGGAACAGCAGCAUAAACGAAUGAAUCGCGGCAAACAUUGUCUGAACACAACUGGAGUAACACACACACACACACACGCUUACAGACGCCGCACUGGAUCACUGUUACUGCAUGACAAGGGAACAAUUCUGCUUUUUCUGAGGAGACUACAGUAUAAAGAUAUUUUAGUAAAUGCUAUAUGAGCGCAGUGUAUAGUCAAACCAUUAGCUUUUCAUAAAGGGACUGAAGAAUAUGUGUGAGAAGAAAUAAUGGUUACAGAUAUCUACAUUUAUUUAUUCUACUGAAUACUGCUCACUUUAAAAAAGGACAAACUUUGCACAAUAUUAAACCGCGCAAAGAUGUGCCAUCCAAACUCCGUCGGCUCAUCUCUGAUCUGCUCACGUUAAAUAUUACAUGUUCAUUAUGAGAAUAUGACUGUGUCACACAUGUAUGUUAGAGACGUGUUAUGUUGUUUUACUUGAGUUAUACACCUGUUUGUUUCUUUUUGAAAACUGUCCCUUGUGAAUGUUGAGCUUAGAGGAAUGAAACUCUCCAGAGCUGCCCUGAAAUAUCAAUCCCAGAGUUCUCCCUGCCCACAUCUGAGCCUUAAACUGUACAGAACCCUAUGAGUGUUUGUCCUUGUUUGGUUUCCAAUGCAAUGUCGCUGCCCUGCUGAAUGUUUCCAACUCAAGCAACUCAAUAAAAUCUCAAUUCCAUUUCUGA